AUGUUCAAAAUGUACGACCUACACUGCUGGAUACGAGGUACUGAACCACACGAAAUUUUCACUUUAAAAAUUUCACCGUUGGACACUGUUGAUGCUCUGAAAACCAUGAUCAAGGAUUCUCAAGGUGUUGAAAUGUGUGUGUCUGCAUUGCAAUUGUACAAACCACAUAAUCCGGUGGCUGAACCAUAUGAGGCAAAUUUGAGCAAUGUGAUCCUAUCUACACUUGAGCCACCAUUGCUCUCAACGCAUCAGAUAUCAACCCUGUUUGAAGGACCACCUCCAAAAGAUCACAUUCAUAUCAUAGUAGAUGCACCAGAACUCCACAUUCAUUGCUGGUUGCGAGGUAGCACUGGGGAGCAGAGAUUUGAUGUCUUUGUCAAGUCAAAUGCAGAAAUUGGAGCCCUCAAAGAUGGCAUCAAGGCAGUCAAAUCAAAAAUCAGAGAUGUAGACCAAAGUCGCAUCAGCUUAUACAGAAUAUCUGCAUCGGAGGACAAUGUUCGGGAGAGUCUAGAUACCAUCAAUGCGAGUCACUUGCUCGAGGUGACAACAGCAUUCCCUGUAUACCAUUAUUUCUUGUGCAUACCAGUUCUUGAGCAGCUCCACAUUGUAGUCCAAGUUUACUCUGAAACCAAUAAAGAAGACAACAAUCUCAUCGGCAAACUUGCCCAUGUCAUGUCAGCACUGUAUGAAAAUGAAAACAAGCGAAUAGAUGUAGUUAGUGAGGUGCUCAAUGGAUACCACCUUCGCUUGCGCUUGAACCACAAGGUUCAAGGAACUGCAUAUGAAACGGAUGGAGACAUGUCCAUCGACGUUAAUAACCAUCGUCAUCCUUAUGUCAUUGUCGAAUUCAAGGAAUGA